UUUUGAAAAAGCCAGAGAACCCAAAAAGUUUCAAAACAAUGGCUGCUUCGUACCCAUCGCUUAGAUUUAAGCUUGUGGUGGUAAUUAUGGGGUGUUUGGUUUGUGCAUCUGCUGCUAGCUUCAGUGAAGAAUUUGAUGUAAGUUGGGGAAAUGGUAGAGGAAGAUUAGAGAAGAAUGGUGAGCUUCUUACACUUUCGCUUGACAAAGCUUCGGGCUCUGGUUUUCAGUCAAAGAAAGAAUAUCUGUUCGGAAAGAUUGAUAUGCAGCUCAAGCUUGUUCCUCGCAACUCUGCUGGAACUGUCACCGCUUACUAUAUGAAGUCGGCAGGGUAUAGGUGGGAUGAGAUAGAUUUCGAAUUUUUGGGGAACUUGAGUGGGGAACCCUACACUGUUCAUACCAAUGUUUAUUGCAAUGGCAAGGGUGACAGAGAGCAACAGUUCCGCAUUUGGUUCGAUCCCACUACUCAUUUUCACACUUAUUCCAUUCUUUGGAACCCCCACUCUAUUGUGUUCUCAAUAGAUGGAAUACCAAUAAGACAAUUCAAGAACUUGGAAUGGGUAGGGGUACCCUUUCCAAAGAAGCAAGCAAUGAGAAUAUACUCAAGCCUAUGGAAUGCAGAUGAGUGGGCAACAAGAGGCGGUCUUAUAAAGACUGAUUGGUCUCAAGCUCCAUUCACUUCUUCCUACAGAAACUUCAAAGCUCAGGCUUGCACUUUGGCAUUUGGCAAACACGUUUGCACUCCUAAUAUUGCUUAUAUGCUCCGACAAGAACUCGAUGCAACCAGCCUCAAAAGGCUUAGAUGGGUGCAGAAGAACCAUAUGAUUUAUAAUUAUUGCACCGACACUAAGCGAUUCCCUCAAGGCUUCCCUCCAGAAUGCCGUUAUUGAAUACAAAACUUGUUUCGUAAAUAUAGCCUAAUGGUAUGGACGUUAGAGUUGGAUGUGAGAAGUUCUGGUGGAUAUUAUUAGCAAAAUCUAUGUAGAUAUAAUAUAUGGCUGAUCUUCGAUUAUAUAACAAUAUGUAUAUGUAUGUAUAUUAUUCCCUUGUCUAUUUGCUCUUCUCUUAUACAAAAUGUAAGUAUUAUA